AUGUACACUUUAGGUUUGCAGGCUAUCCGCACUGCUGGCAUAAGCAGAAACUAUGCCACUCUCAGAGAAAUUGAGACUAGAUUGAAGUCGAUUAAAAACAUUGAGAAGAUUACCAACACCAUGAAGGUUGUUGCAUCCACCAGAAUGGGUAAGGCUCAAAGAGCAAUGGCAUCUUCCAGAGCAUUCAGUGAGGGUGAUAAGGACUUUUUCGCAACCGCGGAAACCGCAUCUCCUGAGUCUCCAGACAAGACUCUUAUUAUUGCUGUUUCUUCUGACAAAGGAUUGUGUGGUUCCAUUCACUCCCAAAUUGCUAAGGCUACCAGAGCAAAGCUUUUGGAAACCCCCGAUGCUGAUGUUGUGACAGUUGGUGACAAAAUCAAAGCACAACUGCUGAGAACUAGUAGUGAGAACUUGGUUCUUUCGUUCAACGGAGUUGGAAAAGAAGCUCCAACUUUCUGGGAGGCGUCCCUGAUUGCCGAUGAAAUCAGCAAACUGGGUGAGUAUUCUAAAGUGGAGAUUCUGUAUAACAAAUUUGUGUCGGGUGUUUCUUUCGAGCCAUCAGUUUUCCCCUCUUUCAGCCCUAUCACAAUUGAGGAGUCGCCAAAGCUUUCUGAAUUUGAGUUGGAAGAAGAUCAGCAAAUUCCUACUUCGCUCUCUCAAAUUUCUCUGACGAAUUCGAUUCUGAAUGCAAUGGCCGAGGGAUACGCAUCUGAGAUUUCAGCAAGAAGAAAUGCCAUGGAUAACGCAUCAAAGAACGCCGGCGACAUGAUUUCGAAGUAUUCGAUUCUUUACAACAGAACAAGACAGGCUGUUAUUACAAAUGAGUUGGUUGAUAUCAUCACAGGUGCCUCCUCUCUGGACUAA